UUAAUUUUUAAAAAACAUUCCCGGGAAUUUUUCCCCAGCCAAAUUCCCUAAACUUUGCGGGAACGAUUUUUUGUGCCCGAGAUUUUGCGGGCAAGAAAAAGUAUUCCCGAGAAAUCUCGGGAAAGAAUACUCAUUUUCUAUUCGUUGUUGAGAAGGAAAUAUGACGUGAAAAAGUAACAUUUUAUUUAUUUUAUGAUAAUCUAAAAGCAUCAAAUCGCAUCUGUGUUUGCAUUAUAAAGUUUUUCUAAGUUUUUAACUUACCUUUUUUCUCCUUAAAUUUCUCUAAAACGUAUAAUCUAAAAUGUCUGAUCAAAUAAACAGAAACACUGGUGGCGGUCCUUCCAACAACGAUUCCGCAGAUAAAAGCCUUGAUAGAACCAAAACUACACCUGGUCAAAUUAAGGCUAUGAUUGGUUUCUUUGAGAGUAAUCAAGACCUUUUUAAGAUAUAUCUUGGUGGACAAAAGUCAUCCGCUCCUUCAGCUGGUAGUCAGAUAAAAAAAAGAGAGAUCAUUGAGAGAUUGUUUCAGCAACUUCUGGCAGAUAAAGUAAUUCCGUCUUCCUGGAAUUUCAAAUCGGUUGGAAAACGUUUUGAACGCCAACUCGCAAAGUAUCGCGAUGUAGAAAGAGAUAUGAACUCUACCGGUUCUGGCUUGACUGCAGAUGACAUUAAACGUGGACUGACCUCCAUCGAGAUCAAGUGUGAACAUUUGUGUGUUGGAUUUUCUCGUUUGGCUUCUCUGCAUGGUGUUAGACCAAACAUAACUCCUUAUUGUGUGGCUUUCCAUGGUGCCCCUGGUGGUACCGAGUACACAUACUCUAACAGAGUAAGGCCAUCAUUAGCUGCAAUUGAGGCACAAACGUUUGCAGUUUUUGGUGGUCAACAAGAGGCGAUUGAAGAGGUCAGUCGAUUGUUGGUUGGAAGUGAUGCAGCUGAAUCUUCAACAAGAUCAUCUGCUUCUCUUUCCUCUGGUGCUCCUUUGGCUGCUGGUGCUCCUUUGGCUGCUGGUGCUCCUUUGGCUGCUGGUGCUCCUUUGGCUGCUGGUGCUCCUUUGGCUGCUGGUGCUUCUCUUUCCUCUGGUGCUCCUUUGGCUGCUGGUGCUUCUCUUUCCUCUGGUGCUCCUUUGGCUGCUGGUGCUUCUCUUUCCUCUGGUGCUCCUUUGGCUGCUAGGUCUUUGUCUGUUGCACCUGUGUCUACUGAGCGUUCUUCCUCUUUCCGUUUUUCUUCUGUUGGGCCAUUCUCAAACGAACCUCUCUCUUUCCCUCGUCCUGCUUUUGGUGAAGCUUUGUCUGGCCAGCCGUCAUCUGUAGAAGUACCAGCUACCAAUGUUGCUUCUUCUCCUUUGUUGGUUCCAUCUAAUACCCAGCCAUCAAGUCGCACACCAUUAUUUGAAUCAUCAUCAGAGAAUAAUUUGUUCGAUUCCUUUUCUUUUGAUGAUGGUGGAGAUUUCGAUGAUGCUGGGUCGUAUCAUGCUGUGGACCAUGACAACGAUGUCAACAGUGGUAGUGCUGCUCGUGCUGGUGGUGCUGGUGUUGCUGGUGGUGCUCGUGCUGGUGGUGGUGGUGGUCGUGCUGGUGGUGGUGGUGGUGCUGGUGGUGCUCGUGUUGCUGGUGUUCGUGGCGGUGCUGGUGCGGGUGCGGGUGCUGGUGUUGGUGGUCGUGGUCGUGGUCGUGGUCGUGCUCGUGGUCUUGCUCGUGGUCGUGGUCGUGGAGGUGUUAGUCGCGCUGGUACCGUUCAGCCUGAAAUGCCAACAGCUGAUCGCAUCCGUGUUGAUCCCGAUCACGCCAUGAGAAACAAGAGGAUCAAAAGAGACUUUUCUUCUGAGUAUCGCGAGGCUCAGUUGAGAAGGGACGAAGUAUUGAGGGAAAAUAGUCAGAGGGAGUUCGAUUUGGGUAUGUCCCAAUUGCUUGUUACUUGUCUGACAACGAACGCCUUCAAUACAUCGUCAUUUACGGAAAUUACCAGACAUCUGGCUGAUUUUCGUAGAUCUCUGAGGGAUCCUGUCGAUGAUGAUGAUGUAUAUGAUGAUACAGAGUAUCUUUACAAUCUUGAUAAUGAUGAAGAUGAGCACGACGACGGUAAUCCUUCAACAGAUGUAGAUUAA